AUGCCCGGCGGCGACGACUUCUACGAUGACGCUACAGAGAUCGACGACGGUCUCGUCGAAAUGUUUAUGAUUGUUGGUCUGGCUGCCAUGCUUGCCUUUUUGGUAUACUAUCGGCAGCAGAGACAGCAGGAAGCUAGACGCAGAGCAGAGCAACAGGGUCAGCAGCAAGGAGGGAAUGUUAAUGCUGCACCACAGCAACAGCAAGACCAAGGCUUCUUCCCGCCACCAGGAGAGCCCGAGUUUGCCAAUUGGGUUGCUGGGGAGUGGGCCACUGAACAUUAUCCGCUCUGGCCUUGUUUUACACAUUUGGAGGUUAUUGCACAAGGCAGAUCGUUAGCGAGUCAAAAAUUACAUUUUAUUAUUCAUCACUCUGGUUCGUAUCGCUUCACUGUAUGCUCACCUGUCCAGGAGAGGGUGCACCCUAUAGGUCUUGUCGUUGAGGUUCAGUUCACAGACGAGAUAGGCCAAAUCCUGACAGGGAUCAACACCCUCGGCCACGCUGGUAGCGGGGUAGAUAACGAGACCAACUGUGUAUAUCCAUAUCGUGUACGCCGUUCUUUUCCUGAAACAAGCAGUUUUCUCGACAACAAUAACCAUUCCAUCAUGUCAGACUACGAAACCUAUAAUCUCGGAGACUUUGAACUUCAGAAUGGGGAUACCAUCCCAUCGGCCAAGAUUGCAUACAAGACGUUUGGAAACAAGACGUCACCAGCAAUCAUCUAUCCUACUUGGUACAGCGGAUGUAAAUUAGCCCCUUUUUGCAAAAAAAGACGGAUUCCAUAA